UCUCCGAAAUAUUUCGUAGUUGAACGAUCCCAAACAAGACAAGAGGAUAAUUUCUAAGAGAGUUGUAAUAAAUAUACAUAUGUACCAACUACAAAAAAUAUUGCUAAAAGUUUAGUAAAGACAAAUUGGUUGCGACAAAUCUAACGCAUUAUUAACGAUUGGAAAUCUAUACGUUCCAAAACUUCCGUAAAUUUGAGUCUAAAUAGAUGGAUAAUAAGUCAGUGACAAAAUCCGAAGGUACCACGGGCUCCAAAAUGUUAGAAAUAAAGGCCAAUCAUCACGCCACGCAUGAUCCAGACGAUAAAGUGAAAUGCCAGGUUGGCGGGAAAAUUUUAAAUCCACGUGGAUUAUCUUCCCACGUGUCGAGACUUCACACUCACCGGAAAAGCCCAAGCUGUGACAUUUGCCAUCGGGUAUUCUUCGAACCCAGAAACUUCCGAAGGCACAUUGCAGUUAUCCACGGCACGAGUGAGCGACCUCGUUUCCCAUGCACGUUCCUAGGCAGUGAGAAAACCUACCAAAACAAGAGACAAAUUUCGCACCACGUGAAAACUGAACACGCCGAGAAUCCGGUUCGAUUUCCUUGCACACUUUGCGGAAAUGAAUUUAAAACAAGAGGUAACCUUAGCAGACACAUUCUCACGCACACAACGGAGAAGCCGUACAAUUGUGCCACUUGUGCGAGGAGUUUCGCCCGGAGAUCGCACGUGAAAAGUCACGAGAUGACGCAUUUGGAGAAAUCUACCCGAGCCAGGUCAAAGUGUCACGUCUGUCCUCAGACCUUCUUACGUAGAGCUGAUCUUCUACGCCACAUUCGAGUUGUGCAUGAAAAUCAGAGGAAUUUUCCGUGCCUAUUUUGUGACAAGAUUUUCGCGAGAACAUCGCAAGUAAAGGGUUACGUGGAGGCGGUACACCCUGCGAAAAAGGAGAAGACUCAUUCCUGCGACAAAUGUGAGUACAAGACUCACACGAAAGCUAAUUUAACUCUGCACGUGAGACGUCACAAUGUUGCGAAUUGGCGAGAGUGUUACUUUUGCAAGAAACAGUUUGCCAGGUUCCAAGGAUUGGUCACACAUUACAGUCGAAUUCAUUGCCUUGAGAUAUAAAGGAGCGUUUCGUUUUCCGUAUUAUUUUAUUCUCGGUUUAUUUUAUUGUAGUAAUUUUCAUGCUCGAGUGAUGUACAAAGUACAAGUGUGUUUUUUAGACUCGGUUUGAUUAUUACUUUUACACUAUUAAUCGCAAUUCUUCUCAAGUUACCUGCUUACUAUGUAUGAGAAUAAAAACUAAAUGUGUAUUAUGCAA